AAAAACUAUUACCGUGUAUCAAAUAAUCAAUUCAAGAAUUACCACCUUUGGUUUUCUCCCAUGAAUGAUGGCAUGUAAGUAGUUUAUGGUGUUGAAGCUGUGACAGCAAGUUUGCACAUAUUUUACUAGUAUUUUUGAAGAAAUGAAGAUUUCAAGAACUAGACUUCAUGAAACUGAUUUAGUUCAGUUUAUUCCAAGUUUUUUGUUGCAUUUUAAUUCUAGUUUGUCUUUAUGCUUUGUUGCUCUUGGUCAAUGCUUUUAGAAAGGGUAGCAAAAGUUUUGGAAAAGCUGUUUUGUUCACCUGGUUGCUACUUUUUGUUUUUGUCUGUUAUACCUAAGUUGUACAUAUUUCAAGCUUCAAUGAAAUAGUUCAGUUGUUCUGCUCUCCUUUUUCGUUGUUUUUCUUUAGAGCAAAACCAUUUUAGAUGGUAUCAGAGCCUCCACUGAUCCUUGAGUGGGAAUGAGUUUGAGUGAAAAAAGGAAAUUUCAUAUCUUUUUUUCUCCAUUUCUGUAGAUGGAUUCUAACAGCAACUUUUUGAAGGUUAUAGUUUUUUUCUGGGCAAAAUUAUACAGCCUGGGCAGGAGCCAACUCCUCUACCAGCAAACACCACUAUUGCACAGAUCAAAAAGGCACACUGAAGAAGAAACAAAAAUGUACAAAGCUCUCACCACUUUGCACUCAGCUGUGACUGAAGAAAUUUUCAGCAGAAUCAUGGCCUGUGAUUCUGCUAAAGAAGCAUGGAACUUGAUUGAGCAGGAGUUUUAUGGCAGUGCCAAGUCUAGGCAGAUGGAGGUACUGAACUUGAAGAGAGAGUUUUCUGUACUGCAGAUGAGUGAGUCUGAGACUGUCAAGCAGUUUUCAGACAGGGUUAUGAAGAUUGUAAACAGAAUUAGGUUGCUGGGUGGAAAACUCUCAGAUAAAAGAGUGGUUGAAAAGGUUCUGAAAGAAAGAAGGGUCAGGAUCAAGAAGGUCAAAGAGGGCCAGUUGUUGAAAAGAAGAGUGGAACCAAAGGAAUUUCAGAGAAAUUUUCAAGGAAAUAGACCAGGAAGGCAAAGGCAGGGGAUACAGUGCAGGGCUUGUAAGCAGUUUGGUCAUAUUGCUAGAAACUGCAAGUCCAAGGCAGAAUCAUCACAAAAGGCAAACAUUGUAGAGAAUCUUGAACAGCAGGAGGAGAAGUUGUUUAUGGCUACAAGGGUUGAGAAUUGUAAUGUUGUUGGUCUCAAUCCUACCUCCUGGUUGAUUGACAGUGGCUGUACUCACCACAUGACAGCAGACUUCAGUACUUUUAAGAGCAUUGACAGCAGUUAUAACUCCAAAGUAAGGCUUGAAAAUGGAGAUUUGGUGGAAGUCAAAGGAAAAGGAGUUGCUGCUGUUAGAACUCCAUCAGACACUGAUGUUGGUUCCAUUAUCGAGUUGAGCAAUCUGGAGGAAAAUGCAGACAACUUAUCCGAACAAGACUUUGAUGAUGAUUAUGCUAUUAGAGGGACAAAGUCUCUAGAUGAUAUUUAUGACAGAUGCAAUAUAGCUUAUGAAGAGCCCUCAAAUUUUAAUGAAGCAGCAAAUUCAAAAGAUUGGAGUACUGCAAUGGAGGAGGACCCCAAGAUGAUUGAGUUGAAUGACACUUGGAAACUAGUUGAUAGACGUAAAAACAAAAGUGUCAUUGGAGUCAAGUGGGUUUUCAGGGUCAAAUUGAAUUCUGAUGGUAGUAUUAACAAACAUAAGGCUAGAUUGGUAGCAAAGGAUAUCAAGUCAGCCUUCUUAAAUGGAACUUUGAAUGAAGAAAUAUAUGUUGAGCAACCACAGGGCUACGUACAGAAAGGAGCAGAAGAAAAGGUUUAUUUGCUCAAGAAAGCACUGUAUGUAUUAAAGCAGGCUCCAAGAGCCUGGUAUAGUAAGAUUAAUGACCACUUGCUGAAGCUGGGAUUUGAGAAAAGCUUGAGUGAGGCAACACUGUAUGUGAAGCAGAAAAGUGAAAAACUUGUGAUUGUGUCUCUUUAUGUUUACAAUAUACUUGUGACAGGAAGUUGUGAGGCUGCUUUGAGUCAAUUUAAAGCUGAGAUAAUGAGCUUGUUCAACAUGAAUGACCUUGGAAAGCUGUCUUAUUUCCUUGGUAUGGAAGGCACUGUGGAUUUUGGUAUUACAUAUGCAAGAACUGGUGAUGUCAAGUUAAUUGGCUACUCUAACAGGGACUGGGCAGGAUCUAAGGAUGAUAUGAAGGGUACCUCAGGUUAUUGUUUUUCUCUUGGCUCAGGCAUGAUUAGUUGGGGAUCACAGAAACAGCAAGAUUCAGUUGCACAAUCCAUAGCUGAAGCAGAAUACAUCUCUGCUGCAGUAGCCGUGAAUCAGGCUGUUUGGUUAAGGAAAUUACUGGCUGAUGUUAAGUAUCCUCAAACAAAGCCUACUGAAAUGCUUUGUGAUAACCAGCCAGCAGUGGCAAUUGCCACAAAUCCUGUUUUUCACAAGAGAACUAAGCAUAUAAAGAUCAAAUACCACACUUUGAGACAGGCAGUUCAGGAUGGUGAAAUUCAGUUAUUGUACUGCAGUUCUGAGGAACAGGUAGCUGAUAUUUUUACCAAAGGAUUGCAAAAGGCAAGGUUCCAAUAUUUGAGGGGUACGCUUGGCAUGUGCAAUGUUGUUGUCAAGGAGGAGUGUUGAAGCUGUGACAGCAAGUUUGCACAUACUUUACGGGUUUUUUUGAAGAAAUGAAGAUUUCAAGAACUAGACUUCAUGAAACUGAUUUAGUUCAGUUUAUUCCAAGUUUUUUGUUGUGUUUUAAUUCUUGUUUGUCUUUAUGCUUAGUUACUCUUGGUCAAUGCUUUUAGAAAAGGUAGCAAAAGUUUAGGAAAAACUGUUUUGUUCACAUGGUUGCUACUUUUUGUUUUUGUCUAUUAUACCAAACUUGUACAUAUUUCAAACUUCAAUUAAAUAAUUCAGUUGUUC